AGAGCAGAAUAAAGGACGGGAAAGUGCCAUAACCAUUGUGUUUGUGCAGUGUCACGUGGUGAACGCGUCCUUCUCUUCAGAACUGGUUGAAACCGACAGAGAGCUGUUGAAGGUUCAACUGCAGUCUGCGGGGAGAGAUACAACCCUCCCCCUGUCACACAGUGCUACCCGGCCUGCCCGCCGCCAUGCAGAGGCACUACAGCCUGGAUGUCUCCGCUCCUCUGCUCCGGACGCAGGGCUACAUAGACGGUCGCUGGAUCUCUGCAGCCUCGGUGUUCCCGGUCUUGGACCCGGCCACCGGGCAGGAAUUAGCCCGGGUGUCCGACUGCGGCCCGGCUGAAGCCAAGCAGGCUGUGGACGCUGCAUACAAGGCGUUUCACUCCUGGAAGCAAUACUCUGCUAAAGAGAGGAGCGUCCUGCUAAGGAAAUGGUUCGAACUGAUGACGCUGCACAAAGAAGACCUGGCUAAACUGAUCACAUUCGAAUGUGGUAAGCCCAUGAAGGAAUCUCUCGGGGAGAUUGCGUACUCCGCUGCCUUCCUGGAGUGGUUUUCGGAGGAGGCUCGGCGAGUGUACGGUGACAUUGUACCGUCACCUGCCAAAGACCGAAAGAUCCUGCUCCUCAAACAGCCGACGGGCGUCGCCUCCAUCAUCACACCGUGGAACUUCCCCAGUGCCAUGAUCACCAGGAAGGUGGGAGCUGCUCUGGCUGCCGGCUGCACGGUGGUGAUCAAACCGGCGGAGGACACACCGCUGUCAGCGCUCGCUCUGGCUGAGCUGGCGGAGCAGGCGGGCAUCCCAGCGGGGGUUUUUAACGUGGUUCCUUGCUCCAGGGAGAAGACUCCGUCAGUCGGACAGGUUCUCUGCACCGAUCCCCUGGUGGCCAAAAUCUCCUUCACCGGCUCCACUGCCACGGGAAAAGUGCUGCUGAAACUCGCUGCUGACACUGUGAAGAAGGCCUCCAUGGAGCUGGGUGGCCACGCCCCUUUCAUUGUGUUCGACAGUGCUGAUGUCGACCUGGCUGUCAGCGGAGCCAUGGCCUCCAAGUUCAGGAACUCUGGACAGACGUGUGUGUGUUCGAACCGGUUUCUGGUGCAGAGCGGCAUCUACGAGCACUUCCUGGAGAAGUUGGGCACAGCGAUGGACGCUGAGCUGCGUGUGGGACACGGCUCAGAGCCUGACACCACCCAGGGCCCGCUCAUCAACACCAGAGCCGCUGACAAGGUGGUUCAUCAGAUAUCUGACGCAGUGUCUCAGGGGGCAAAAGUUCUGAGGGGCGGGAAGCGUCUGGAGGGGUCCUUCAUGGAGCCAACGCUUCUGGCCGACGUCACCACAGACAUGCUGUGCACGAAGGAGGAAACUUUCGGCCCGCUGCUGCCCGUCAUCAGGUUUAACACGGAGGCAGAAGCUCUGGCCAUUGCUAACGCAUCUAACGUUGGGCUGGCAGGCUACUUUUACUCAAAGGAUGUGAGUCAGAUCUGGCGGGUGGCGGAGGCGUUGGAGGUGGGCAUAGUUGGAGUCAACGAGGGCCUCCUGUCCACACCGGAGGCUACCUUCGGUGGGGUCAAACAGUCCGGUUUGGGCAGAGAGGGCUCCAAGUACGGCAUCGACGAGUACCUGGAAGUCAAGUACAUGUGCUUCGGAGGCCUGAAACCCUGAAACAGAACAAUCCAGCGGUGAAACACACAAACAAGUACAGCAAUCAUGAAAGAUGACCGUAAACGUAGAGCUCAGGUUUGAUUUGAUGAAGUCGUUUAAAACAUUAACCAACACAAAAUAACCUUUGAAUUAGAGUCUGGGCGGCUAAACUGACUAUUUGUAUUGUCUCGUCUGACGUCCAUAUGAUUAACAGUUUUAUGUAAAGAAGUAAAAAUCAUCACCGUCCUCUGUGUGAUUCUCUUUAGAAGAUGCAGCGUUUUGAUCAGACAGGAAGUGAAACAAGGUCGCCUUAGUUUCUUUUAUGUUGCUCGUCAUGUUUGUGGAGAUUUUGGAUCAAGCAGCUACCGUUGGACUGCAGUGUUUUGUGCCAAAAUCAUCAUUACCCACUGAUGCCCCCAGUGGUUGCUCUGCUUUAGGGUUAGCUGUGCUUGCUGUUCCAGAGCU